AUGCUCAUUGUGCGAUUCUCUCCUAGCUUUAGAGACACGAGGAGUAAGUGGACUUGUAGCCUUGAAUCUGGACUAAUAUGGAGAGAAGCCGGUCAGACAGGGACAGAGAUCGGUCUCGCCCCAGGGACCGCGACCCGCGACGAUCACGAGAUCGGGGACGCUCACGGGAUCGAGAACGCUCACGAGAUCGGGGACGCUCACGGGAUCGAGAACGCUCACGAGAUCGGGGACGCUCACGGGAUCGAGAACGCUCACGAGAUCGCGGACGGUCACAAGAUCGAAGGCGGUCAUGCGGAAGAGGACGAUCAGGAGAGAGGCCAGUAUCACGGGAAAGGGAAUGCUCGAGAGGCAGAGAACGGAAGAAAAUCCGAGACAGAUCCAGGGACCGCGCACAGUCAACGCAUGCUUCCAGACCCGACAGGGAGAGGUCACGCGACAGAGGCAGGUCGAGCGACAGAGAUAGGUCGCGUGACAGAUCUAGAUCUCGCGGCAGAGACAGACCUCGUGACAGAGGGCGGUCACGUGACAGAGACCAUGCAAGAGAACGAAGUCAUCCGGAUCGACAAAACCUAA